AUGGCCAAGUCUGUUGGGGCAGGAGCAGCCGAAGCCAGCGUCGCCCUUUCAGCAUUGUUGAGGUCUCCAGGCGAAUCUCAAGCCCCCAAGACUCCCUCUCCAUGUACAUACUAUCUCUGGAUUAAACACCAUUACCAGCCGAUCACAGAAACCGAUUACGCCGAGCAGACUUCGCCACAUGCGACAACGCUUGACGCAGCUAAUGGCUGGGGCUGGAACCCAUCGAUCAGGAUUGAUACUACACACAAUGGCAUUAUCUUGUCUGGAGCUCGAGAACGCAGCAAUAUUGUCCAAUCACCGCGAUUAAUGGGGCCGGCCUGA